UACCUCUGCUUUUUUAGCAUCAUUCAUAUUACUGUAUUAGCCUGAAAGAAAAAGCCAGAAUUUUUUCAAAAAGUUUAAAGAGAAAACCUCAAUUUUUUUGGGUGCUUUUCAAUCGAAAUCAAAAGCGAAAAAUCAUGAAAGGAGCAAAACGUUUCGCCGUCUCGGAAUCGGCGCCGGAAACCAACGACUCGGCUUUUAGGAAUAAAAGAUUGAUUUCAGGAUCUCCUAUUGAUAUUCAUAGAGCAGAACCAUCAUUGCAACUGCAACCUAUAACCACUUUGGAUGCCCAACGAGCUGAGUCUUCUCUACAGCAUGUGAGAGCUCUCAAUACUCAAUUUGCCAGUUGGGUGCAAGUGCAACUGAAGAAUCACCCUGAUGAACUUUGGGAAGAUGGGGUUCGAGAUUACCUUGCUCAUGCUUCAAACAUUAUGGAGAAGUUCAGUGAUGUUGUGAACUGGCUCAAAGCAAAUUCUGAAAAAGAAGGAACUACUGCUGAAUAUCUCAGCGCUGGGAAGAAAUCAGUGCCUGGAUUAAAAAACAAUAAUGAGGUCAAGUUGUUUCAAGGGAAAACUGGGUUUCCUUCACCGGAUGCAAGUACAAGUUUUACUGCAUCAUGGAGCUCUAGUGUAUUCUCCAACAAUCAAAGUUCGGGUGGAGUUUUCUCUAAUAUGCAAAGCUCAAGUAUGUUCUCUAGUAGUCAGAAUUCUGCUCUAUUCUCCAACAGUCAAAGCACUGGACCAUUUUCCAAGAGCCAGAGCUCUGGACUUCUUUCCAACAGUCAGAGCUCGACAGUUGUUUCUGCUAAUCAAAGUUCUGGGUUAUUCUCCAACAGUCAAAGCUCCGCAAUGUCUUCUGCUAAUCAGGGCUCUGGGUUGUUCUCCAACAGUCAGAGCUCCACACUGUCUUCUGCUAAUCAGGGCUCUGGGUUGUUUUCCAACAGUCAGAGCUCUGCAGUUUCUUCUGCUAAUCAGAGCUCUGGAUUGUUCUCCAACAGUCAGAGCUCUGCCGUUUCUUCCAUUAAUCAGGGCUCUGGAUUGUUCUCCAGCAGUCAGAAUUUUGGAGUAGCUUUCACUAAUCAAACCACUGGCUUGUUCUUGAACAGUCAGAGCUCCUCACUUUCUUCUGCUAGUCAAAACUCUGGAUUGUUCUCCAACAACCAAAGCACAGGAUUGUUUUCCAAAACUCCAACUUCUAUAUCUUUUGGUCAAAAUUCUGCUCCUACAAAUAACACUGCAGAUGAUGUUGAUGAAAACGAAUUGGAGCAACCCAGCAGCCCAUCAUUGAAGAAGUCUGAGGAGAAGGGUAUUGUUGUUGUCCAUGAAGUCAAGUGCAAACUGUAUGUCAAGUCAACAGAUGUAUCAGAUAAAGACACAUGGAAAGACAAAGGAAUGGGACAGCUAUCCAUCAAAUGCAAAGAGGGUGUCAACAAGGGUACAAAAGAAUCCAAACCAACCAUAGUUGUUCGAAAUGAUGCAGGAAGAGUGGUAUUAAAUGCUUUGCUAUAUCCGGGGAUCAAGACAAAUUUACAAAAGAAUUCUCUUGUUGCAAUAUUUCAUACUGCGGGCGACGAUGGUGGUGAUAGUAAUAGUGUCGUGGCACGUACCUUCUUAAUUAGGACAAAAACAGAAGAGGAUCGAAAUAAGUUAGCCACGGCAAUACAAGAAUAUGCUCCUGAGUCUUAAAAUUAAUUGUACAACAAAAUUCUUAAAUUUUGCAGUGAGCAUCAUAUUAGGAGGUAAGGCAACUUGUUUGGGGAGCAAAAGAAUAACUGGGGUCCAUUUUCAUAUUUUGGACUCCAUGAAACAAAUUGUAUUUAAAAUGCUUGUACCAUGAGGGAAAAAAGAAUGAAGUCCUUGUUCCAAGCUUA